GUCCCUGUUGGGAGUCAAUCCUCCUGUCGUACAAGGACAGGCAAAGAGCCACAACAGCCUACCUGCCAAGGUUUUGACGUUCUAGGAUUCAGACAGGUCCAGACCAUGGCCUUUGCUAUUGAUGAGAUCAACAGAAACUCCAACCUGCUACCUAAUGUGACUCUGGGGUACAGUCUUUUUGAUAACUGCGGCAAACUAGCGAUUGGAUUUCGUGCAGCAUUGUCCCUAAUCGGUGGUCCGAAGGAACAGUUUAUAUUAGAUGAGAUCUGUGUAGGAACCCCUCCAGUCAUAGGGAUUGUGGGUGAUUCUUCCUCUACACGUUCUAUUGCCAUAUCCUCUGUUUUAGGUUCGUACAGAGUACCAAUGGUGAGUUAUUUUGCCACGUGUUCCUGUCUGAGUGACCGGCAGAAGUUUCCAUCCUUCUUUAGGACGAUCCCAAGUGAUGCUUUCCAGGUGCGUGCUAUGAUUCAGAUCCUGAAGCGUUUUGGUUGGACUUGGGCAGGUCUGCUGGUCAGUGACGAUGACUACGGACUCCACGCUGCACGAUCCUUCCAAUCUGACCUGGCACACUCUGGUGGAGGUUGUCUUGCCUACUUAGAGGUUUUGCCUUGGGGCAGUGACCAAGUUGAGCUGAGAAGGAUCGUGGAUGUGAUGAAGAAAUCCACAGCUCGUGUGGUCAUUGUUUUUGCACAUCAGAGUCACAUAAUGAACCUCAUGCAAGAGGUUAUGAGACAGAAUGUGACAGGCCUGCAGUGGCUGGCCAGUGAAGCUUGGACAACAGCUACUGUGCUCCAGACCCCUGACCUCAUGCCGUACCUGGGUGGAACACUGGGUAUUGCCAUCCGUCGAGGAGAAAUACCAGGGCUCAGGGAAUUCCUCUUACAGAUACGUCCUGACCUACAUCACAACAACAGCGCUGGAAAUAGCAUAGUAAACCAGUUUUGGGAAUUCACAUUUCACUGUAGAUUUGCACCACCUCCAUCAGGUUGGGUAGAGGCUGGGGGAACAUUAUGCACUGGACAGGAAAAUUUAGAGGAUGUGGAGACUGAGUUGUUUGAUGUCUCCAACCUCAGGCCAGAGUAUAAUGUGUACAAGGCUGUGUAUGCUCUGGCAUAUGCCCUUGAUGAUAUGAUGCAGUGUGAGCCAGGGAGAGGGCCUUUCAGCGGGCACAGCUGUGGUAAUUUGCGAGGACUGGAGCCAUGGCAGUUAGUAUAUUACUUGCAAAAGGUAAAUUUCACUACAACAUUUGGUGAUCAAGUGUCAUUUGAUGAGAAUGGGGAUGCGUUACCAAUAUAUGAUAUUAUGAACUGGCUGUGGCUCCCUGAUGGAAGAACUAAAGUUCAGAAUGUGGGUGAGGUCAAGAGGUUGGCCUUCAAAGGUGAAAAACUCACAAUUGAUGAAAACAAAAUUUUCUGGAACUUUGAAUCAGAUAAGCCCCCCCGGUCAGUGUGCAGCGAGAACUGUCCUCCAGGUACCCGCAUGGCCAGAAGGAAACGGGAACCUGUUUGCUGUUUUGACUGCAUUCCUUGUUCUGAGGGAAAGAUCAGUAAUGAGACUGAUGCCAUGGAGUGCACCAGUUGUCCUGAGGACUUCUGGUCAAAUGUCCAGCGUGACCACUGCAUUCCUAAGAAAACAGAGUUUCUUUCCUACCAUGAACCUCUGGGUAUCGGCUUGACAGCAGCCUCAUUAUUUGGAACAUGUAUGUGUGCUGUUGUCAUGGGCAUCUUUAUCUAUCAUCACAGCACACCUAUAGUACGUGCCAACAAUUCAGAACUGAGUUUCCAGUUAGUGCUGUCACUUAAGUUAUGUUUCCUGUGCUCACUGCUGUUUAUUGGCCGCCCAAGACUGUGGACAUGCCAACUAAGACAUGCAGUAUUUGGGAUCAGCUUUGUGCUUUGUGUUUCAUGUAUUUUGGUCAAAACCAUGGUGGUUCUGGCUGUAUUCAAGGCCUCCAAGCCAGGAGGGGGAGCCAAUAUAAAAUGGUUUGGUGCUCUGCAACAGAGAGUCACAGUUAUUGUUCUCACUUCUGUUCAGGCAGCAAUCUGCACUACCUGGAUUGUAUCUGCCUCCCCAACUCCUCAUAAAAACACUCAAUACUACCAUAAUAAGAUUGUUUAUGAGUGUGUAGUUGGGUCUACAGUUGGUUUUGCUGUGUUAUUGGGCUAUAUUGGCUCAUUGGCUUUACUUAGUUUUCUGAUUGCAUUUAUAGCAAGGAAUCUUCCAGAUAGUUUCAACGAGGCCAAACUCAUCACUUUCAGCAUGCUGAUCUUCUGUGCUGUGUGGGUGGCUUUUGUACCUGCUUAUAUCAGCUCACCAGGCAAAUAUGCAGAUGCAGUAGAGGUAUUUGCCAUCCUGGCCUCCAGUUUUGGUCUCUUGGUGGCACUGUUUGGACCCAAAUGUUACAUAAUCCUACUGAGACCAGAGAGAAACACAAAGAAAGCAAUCAUGGGUCGGGCACCACAAAGUCAUAAAAACUUGAAUUAA